GUCCUUCAGUCAGGAAAGGAGGGGAGGAGCCAGUACAACUGUGCAAGACUGAAGGGGAGGGGCCAGUACAACUGUGCAAGACUGGAGUGGAGGAGCUAUGCAAGACCCAGUACAACUGUGCAAGCUGGAGUGGAGGAGCCCGUACAAAAAAAUGAAGGGGAGGAGCCAGUAUAAUUGUGCAAGACUAAAGGGGAGGAGCCAACACAACUGUGCAAGACUGAAGGGGAGGUGCUGCUACACCUGUGCAAAACUGAAGGGGAGGAGCCGGUACACCUGUGCAAGUCUGAAGGGGAAGAGCCGAUACACCUGUGCAAGACUGAAGGGGAGGAGCCGGUACAACUGUGCAAGACUGGAGGGGAGGAGCCCGUACAACUGCGCAAAAAUGAGGGGGAGGAGCCAGUAUAAUUGUGCAAGACUGAAGGGGAGGUGCCAGUACACCUGUGCAAGACUAAAGGGGAGGAGCCAACACAACUGUGCAAGACUGAAGGGGAGGUGCUGCUACACCUGUGCAAGACUGAAGGGGAGGAGCUGGUACACCUGUGCAAAA